UAUGUUUUGCACUUUAAGUAAUUUGAAUAGGUAAUUUAAAGAAGACUGAAGUUCACAAAUUCUCUCCGUUCACUUCUCCGUUUUAGAGAAAUUCUUUCAGCAUCGGUCCUGUUUUUUUCUGCAAGUCAAGCGCUCCUUUGAUUUUGCCAAGACAAACAAGGCAUAUUCCUGGCAUUAACGCAGCCAGUUGCUAAACACUGGAAAAGACUUUGUGACACUAAUGUUCCAUUUGAAAGUGAGACUUUAGCUCCUACAGCAGCGGAUCAGCUCACUGGUGGAUACAGCUUUUAGUCCAGAGAUGGGGUGGACUUCCUGCAUCAUCUUGUUUCUGUUUGUGUCAGUGUGUGAGUGCUGGCGGCUGCCCGCACCCCAGCCUCUGAUGCACGGGGCGGUCCAGUCUCCCCAGUACCCCCAGCCUUAUGCUCCCAACCUGCAGGAGCAGUGGGACCUCACUGUGCCAGAGGGUUACCAGAUCCAACUCACCUUCACACACCUGGACAUCGAAGCUUCUGCAGGCUGCUAUUACGACUCCCUCACAGUUCUCUAUGAUGCAGAGAUCCUGGGAAAGUUUUGUGGCCAAGAGAACACUGCUGAUGGGCAUCACCCUGGCAACCAGCCCAUCUUGUCUCCAGGCAACAGACUCACCCUCAUAUUCCAGUCAGACAACAACAACCCGGAGCGCCACCAGAAUCUGGGCUUCUCUGCUCAGUACCAGGCGACAGACAUCGACGAGUGUUCUGCACCAGAACCUGCAGAUGGAUCAGGUCCACUCUGCUCUCAGAUCUGCCUCAACACCCUUGGGUCAUACCUCUGCUCCUGUCACCACGGCUACGAGCUUCGCCCAGACCAGCGCACCUGUGUGUUGUCCUGCAGCGGUGGUAUAUUUAAUGAGCCACAAGGAUAUCUGUUCAGUCCAGGAUACCCAAACCCUCCACCUCACGCUGUGUCCUGUCAGUACAUUAUUUCUGUAGAAUCCGGCUUCACUGUCGCUCUCAAUUUCACCGACAACUUCCACAUCGAGAGCGUGGACACUGAGGAAGGCCCAAUCUGUCUUCAUCACUGGUUAGAGAUGACCAUCCCAAACAGAGAGCCCAUCAAACUGUGUGGUGAAAAGAGUCCAGGUCUGAUAGUUACAAACUCUAACACUGUCCGACUGGAGUACCACACUGAUGAUGAAGGCCAGAGCAGAGGCUGGAGCCUGGACUACAGCACAAACAGAGUGCAGUGUCCUAUUCCUGGUAACGUUGCUAAGGGCAGGGUCACUCCUAUGUUGACUGAAUAUUUCUACAGAGACUACAUCUUUGUGCGCUGUGACCAAGGAUACAAGCUGAUGAUGGAUGGUCAGGAGGUCCAAAGUUUCUCUACGAUGUGCCAAAGCAAUGGACAGUGGCACCUCCCCCUGCCAGAAUGCCACAUAACUGAUUGUGGAGAACCUGAACCUUUGCUGAAUGGAGGGGUGACCUUCCUGUCUGGCUUUCAGAAUCAGUACCUUUCUGUUGUUCAGUAUCACUGUAAUGAACCAUUUUAUGCUCUCUUUGGGGGCAUAACUGUUAAGUUCACCUGUGAAGCCGACAGAAAGUGGAGAUCCAACAACGAUAUCGUUAUCAGUCCAACAUGCAUACCAGUUUGUGGCCAACCCACGAAACUCCUCUCAACCUAUCAGAGGAUCAUUGGAGGCAAUGACGCUCCAGACAAUACCAUCCCCUGGCAAGUGAUGCUGAGUGUAGAUGGAGGAAGAGGAGGAGGCAUGGUGAUUGCAGACCGCUGGAUAAUGACUGCAGCUCAUAACGUAGUAAAUAAUGGUAAUCCAGUAUCACAAGACACUGUUCGGAUUUACAUGGGACUUACUGAUGUUAAAACCAUGUUGGGCUCUCCGGUGUAUGCUGACUCAAUCCAUAUACACCCCGAAUACCACAACCCCAACUUCUUAAACUACAACAACGACAUUGCCUUGAUCAAGCUGCCCCACCGAAUCACAUUCAACUCAUCCAUCAUGCCAAUAUGUUUGCCAGAAGAGAAUGCCACAUACAUUAACGGCGAGAUGGGACUGGUGUCAGGCUAUGGCAUAACAGAAACUAACAACCGACGGAUUUUAACAAAUAAGCUGAAGUACCUGCAGGUCCCUGUGGUGGACCAUGACACGUGCAGUACUUCAGUCAAUUUGUUGAAGACGACAAGGGACAAUGUACCAGAUCUGACCAAUAACAUGUUUUGUGCUGGAGUCCCUGAAGGUAGGAUGGACUCCUGUCAGGGUGACAGUGGAGGCCCUUAUGCCCUGAGACACAACGGACAGUUCUGGGCUGCUGGGAUUGUCAGUUGGGGGGUUGACUGUGGAAAGCAGGGAACAUAUGGAGUCUAUACCAGAGUCGCUAAUUACGUGAACUGGAUCGACAAAACUAUGCAGGAAAAGUUUCUGUGUUUGGCAGUGAGUGAGUGUCAGCAGCCGUCCAACUCUGAGUCUGUCUCACAUGGGGAGAUCCAGUCCCCCCAGUAUCCCCAACCUUACCCUCCCAACCUGCUUAAGAAAUGGAACAUCAGGGUUCCAGAGGGCUACCAGAUCCAGCUGUCCCUAACACACCUGGAUAUUAAAACUUCUCCGGGCUGCUAUCAAGACUCUCUGACGGUUCUUCAUGAUCAAAAGGUCUUGGGGAAGUUUUGUGGCCAGGAAAAUUCGACUGAUCACCCAGGCCAAGAGCCGAUCCUCUUUCCAGGCAACAGACUGACUCUCAUCUUCCAAACAAGUAACUUCACUGCAGAGCUUCAACAGCACAUUGGCUUCUCUGCUACUUCCAAAGCAAUAGUUUCCUGUGGUGAUCAGAUAUUUGACAAGCAUGAGGGACAUCUGGCCAGUCCAAGAUACCCUCAUCCCUCACCUCCUUUUCUGUCCUGCAUGUACAUCAUCACUGUGGAGCCCAGCCUCCCUAUCACUCUUAACUUCACUGACAACUUCCACAUCGAUAGCACGGACACUAAGCAAGGUCCCAGCUGUCUUCAUCACUGGCUGCAGGUGACCAUCCCAAACAGAGAGCCCAUCAAACUGUGUGGUGGAAAGAGUCCAGGUCUGAUAGUUACAAACUCCAACACUGUCAGGCUGGACUACCACACUGAUGUUGAAGGCCUGAGUCGCGGUUGGAGCCUGGACUACAACACGAAUGCUAAGGAUUGUGGAGAACCCGAACCUUUGCUGAAUGGAGGGGUGACCUUCCUGUCUGGCCUUCAGAAACGGUACCGCUCUGUUGUUCAGUAUCACUGUCAUGAACCUUUUUACACUCUCCCUGGAGGAGUAAAUGUCUGUGGAAAGCCAACAAAACGAAUUUCUGCCCAUCAGAGAAUCAUUGGAGGCAGGGAAGCUCCACACUAUACCAUCCCCUGGCAAGUGCUACUGAAUAUAGAUGCAAAAAGAGCAGGAGGCAUGGUGAUUGCAGACCGUUGGAUUAUGACCGCAGCUCAUGACCUAAUACAUAAUGGAAAACCAGUAUCAAAUGAGACUGUACGGAUUUACAUGGGAUAUUCUGAUGUCAAAACCCUGCUGGGCUUUCGUGUGUUUGCUACUUCAAUCCAUAUUCACCCUGAAUUCAACCCGGACAGCUUAGACUUCAACAGUGACAUCGCCUUGAUCAAACUGCAAGACUCUGUUACAUUCAACUCAUCUGUUAUGCCAAUAUGUUUGCCAGCAGAGGGUGCCAAAUACAUCACCGGCGAAAUGGGGUUCCUGUGUUUUGCAGUGACUGAGUGCCAGCAGCCUCCGGACUCCAAAUCUAUAAUACAUGUUUGUGGAAAGCCCACAAAACUUAUCUCUACUUAUCAGAGGGUCAUGGGAGGCAGUGAAGCUCCAGACAAAACCAUCCCAUGGCUGGUGUCAGGCUUUGGCUUUAUUGCCGUGCACAAAAGAAACACAAAGCUGAGGUACGUGCAGAUCCCUGUGGUGGAUCAGGAGACAUGCAUGAACUCAGUCUCUCCGUCAAGUCUUUCAAAUGACACGUUUUGUGCUGGAGUCCCUGAAGGUGGGAAAGACUCUUGUGCUGGGGACAGUGGAAGCCCCUUCGCCCUGAGAGACAACGGACGUUUUAUACCAGCAUUUAUUUUUGCCAAGACAAACAAAACCUGGAGGUUAAAUUCCAUUGCAAAAUAUAUAAACCACAGCCUGUGUGACAUUAAUGGUCCAUUUGAGGAUGAGACAUUUUGCCUAAAACUGCAGUUAUACAGAGAUAUUAUCGACAUGGAAAUGACCCACCGAGUUAUAUGGCUUCUGUGUUUGGCAGUGAGCGAGUUCUGGCAGCCGUCCACCUCUGAGUCUGAAGUGCAUGGCGAGAUCCAGUCCCCUCAGUAUCCCCAGCCUUACCCCCCCAACCUGCUGAGGCAAUGGGACCUCUGGGUUCCCCCAGGAUACCAGAUCCAGCUGUCACUAACACACCUGGAUAUUAAAUCGUCUUCAGACUGCGAUCAAGACUCUCUGACGGUCCUCCAUGAUCAAAAGGUCUUAAGGAAGUUUUGUGGCCAGGAAAACUCAGCUAAUCACCCAGGCAAAGAGCCGAUCCUUUCUCCAGGCAAUAAACUGACUCUUGUCUUUCAAACCAGUGACUCCACCGCAGAACUCCAACCGCACAUUGGCUUCUCUGCUACCUACAAGGCAAUAGACAUAGAUGAGUGCUCACAAUCAGACCUUGAAGAUGGAAGAGGUUCACUCUGCUCUCAGAUAUGCGUUAAUGUCCCUGGUUCUUACCGCUGCUCCUGCCACCAUGGGUACAAACUUCAUUUAGACCAGCAUACAUGUCUGUUGUUCUGUGGUAAUUGUAUAUUUGACAAGCAUGAGGGACAUCUAGCCAGUCCAGGAUACCCUCGCCCCUCACCUCCUUUUCUGUCCUGCAAGUACAUCAUCUCUGUGGAGCCCGACCUGACGAUCAUUCUCAACUUCACCGAUAACUUCCACAUCGAUAGCACGGACACUGAGCAAGGUCCCAGCUGUCUUCAUCAUUGGCUGCGGGUGACCAUCCCAAACAGAGAGCCCAUUAAACGGUGUGGUGGAAAGAGUCCAGGUCUGAUAGCUACAAACUCCAACACUGUCAGACUGGACUACCACACUGAUGUUGAAGGCCUGAGUGGUGGCUGGAGCCUGGACUACAAUACUAGUGUAAUUGAUUGUGGAGAACCGGAUGUUUUGCUGAAUGGAGGGUCGACCUUCCUGUCUGGCUCUCGGAAUCGCUACCUUUCUGUUAUUCAGUAUCACUGUAAUGAACCAUUUUACAUUUUCCCUGGGGGAGAAAAUGUUACUCUCACUUGUGAAGCAGACGGAAAGUGGAGAUCUAACAACCAUCUCAUUCCAACAUGUAUACCUGUCUGUGGACAGCCCACAAAACUCCUCUCAGCCUAUGAGAGGAUCAUUGGAGGCAGUGACGCUCCAGACAAUGCCAUCCCCUGGCAAGUGCGACUGGAUGUAAAUGCAAGAAGAGGAGGAGGCAUGGUGAUUGCAGAUCGCUGGAUUCUGACUGCAGCUCAUCUCCUAAUUCCAGUAUCAAAUGAGACUGUACAGAUUUACAUAGGAGGUAACAGUGUCAACACCAAGAACGUCUCUCGUGUGCAUGCUGCCUCAAUCCAUAUUCACCCUGAAUACAACAACCACAAUGGUUUUGACUUCAACAACGACAUUGCCUUGAUCAAACUGCAAGACCCGAUUACAUUCAGCUCAUCUAUUAUGCCAAUAUGUUUGCCAGCAGAGGGUGCCACAUACGUUACUGGCGAGAUGGGACUGGUGUCAGGCUUUGGUCGUGGUGGCCAACAGCCUCCAACAAAUAGGCUGAGGUACGUGCAGAUCCCUGUGGUGGAUCAGGAGACAUGCAUUGAGUCAAUCACUUCGUUAAAGCCUAGAGACACCAUACUAAGUGUGACCAAUAACAUGUUUUGUGCUGGAGUCCCUGAAGGUGGGAAAGACUCUUGUGCUGGGGACGGUGGAAGCCCCUUCGCCCUGAGAGACAACGGACAGUUCUGGGCUGCUGGGAUUGUCAGCUGGGGGGUUGGCUGUGGACGGCCAAGGGUAUAUGGGUUCUAUACCAGAGUUGCUAACUACAUGGACUGGAUCAAGGAGACCAUGCAGGAAAACUGAAUACAGUAAUUAAAUCAAUAUCAAACAAAGUGUAAAAUGAUUUAAAAAACAUUAUUUUGCUAUAAAUAUACUCUUUCUGCAGUGUUGAUGAAUAUUGUGUCACAGAAAGCUAUGAAUUAAAAUAAUCUUCUGGCUGACCUUAAAAUGA